UGGAUGUUCACUGUGAAAGUAGGGAAGGGUGAUAGGUGUUGCGUCAGUGUGGGGGAAGAGAAAAGGGGAUGUGUUGGCAAAAGGGGUGUCAAUGAGGAGGAGAACUUUAAUGAAGGGUGGACAUUAGUAGUUUGGUUAUUGUUGGGGAGGAGGAACAGGUGGAGAUGGUCAUUGAGUGACAGGGGUUCACUGAGGGGAGAUGGUCAGUGGGAGAUUUGUCGUUAGGGGGACUGGGAGAGAAGAUCAUUGUUUAGUGGGAGGGAGGAUGAUGAGCAGAGAAGAAGCUGAGAUGAUGAAAGGAGAAGUAGGGAAGUGACGUUGCAGGAGGAAAGAGCAGAAGCAGAUGGUUGGAGUAGAUUGGAGGGUGUGACGGGAUCGAAUGCAGCACACUGAAUGGAAAGGGAGGAAAAGAAACCAUUAAGAUGAGCUGCUAAAAAUUCAGUAAGCCUGUGGUGAUCAUAUUGCAAUGCGCUGGGCAUUAGUUGCAAAGGCCUAGGAUGAUUUUUCGUGCCUGUGGAAAAAACCCACUGAUGGCUUUUAAUGGCUUAACUCACCUCAAAGAAACCAGUUAACCUGAGAGUUGCGGAUAUCAAAAGGAGGCAGGCCUGAGUCACGCUAUCAGCAAUGUGUACCUGUCGAUUCGAGAUGUGACGUUCACUCACAGGGCAACUAGUACAGAAGCUGUGUGGUCACCGUCCUUCCUCUCUACCAGUUGUGCCUUUACCAUAUGGCUAGAGUUUUUUUCUCCUGUUUGUUUCCUGCAUCGUGGCACUUCAGUGUGUCUCCCAAAAACACUACAACCAGGCAGAAAUUGGCAUUUGCAGGUGUCCUCUUCACAUUUUGUCUGGUGUUCCUUCUCAUCUUCAUGGAAUAUUGGCAUUGGAGGCCACAACUCAAGGAUAAAGAGCUGGAAAAGUACAUGGCCAGAAUCGAAGACAUGGAACCCACAGAUAUCAAUGAUGCCGAACUAAACUAUGGGGUGGUGAUCGACUGCGGAAGUAGUGGGUCUAGGGUGUUUGUAUACUUCUGGCCACGGCACAAUGGGAACCCUCACGAUCUCCUCAACAUCAGGCAGAUGAAAGACAUGAACAGGAAGCCAGUGGUUAAGAAAAUCAAACCAGGUAUCUCGACGCUGGCCUCCUCCCCAGAUAAAGCCAUGGAUUAUCUCCGUCCUCUCCUGCGCUAUGCCGCUGACCACGUUCCUGUUGCAAAGCACAAAGAGACGCCGUUGUACAUCCUUUGUACAGCAGGCAUGAGGCUUCUACCAGAAAGCCAACAGGGUGCCAUUCUCCAGGACCUUUACACUAACGUGCCGGUCGAAUUUGACUUCCUGUUUUCGGAGUCGCAAGCGGAAGUGAUAUCUGGUAAACAAGAAGGGGUUUAUGCCUGGAUUGGAAUCAACUUUGUUCUUGGACGGUUUGACCAUAUUGAAGACAAUACUGACGCACGUGUUGCUGUGACCGUGUCCAGCAAUCCCAACCAAGGUCCCAUGAUUCGCAAACGGACUGUGGGCAUACUGGACAUGGGUGGUGCUUCUGUUCAAAUUGCCUACGAGGUGACAAAUCCUUUAGUGUUUGACUCACUGGAGCAGGAAGAAGCUGCUAAGGGUUUACUGGCUGAAUUCAACCUUGGUUGUGACGUUCAUCACACUGAGCAUGUGUACAGGGUUUAUGUAACUACCUCUGGAUUUGGUGGAAAUUAUGCUCGCCAGCGUUAUGAGGAUCUAAUUUUUAAUAAUGCCACAACUACAAACAGAUUACUAGGACAACACAUGGGUGUCAGUGCAGAGAGCCCCUACCUCGAUCCCUGUUUGUCCCUUGAAACAACCGACACCGUUCAGAAGGAUGAACAGACCUUGCACUUGAAAGGAGUCGGGAACUUUGACGAGUGUUGCAAGCAAAUCAAACCAUUCCUGAACAAAGGGAAUGAGACCAACACAUCCUUCAAUGGUUAUCAGCCACCUAUUGAUUUAUACAGUGAAUUCUACGGAUUCUCUGAGUUCUAUUACUGUACUGAAGACGUUUUGCGCAUGGGAGGUCAAUAUGAUGGUAUUAGGUACACAAAAGCAGCCAAGGAUUAUUGUGCUACCAAAUGGACAACGUUAAAAGAACGGUUUGAUCGCAACCUGUUUUCAUCUCAUGCGGACCUUUACAGAUUGAAGUAAAUAUCAGUGUUUAAGUCUGCAUGGAUGCACGAAGUACUGGCCACAGCGGUUUUAACUUUCCAGCCACUAUUCCAACUUGAAGACAGCCCGCUGGUGUAUGACAAGGAAAUACAGUGGACACUGGGAGCAAUUCUUUACAAAACCCGUUUCCUACCUCUUCGAGACCUCCGACAAGAUGCCAUCAAACCAAAUCAUUCCAGCUGGCUCCGAGUCUCAUUCGUCUACAACCACUACCUGUUCUUUGCCUGUUUCUUCGUGGUCCUGCUGGCCAUCAUCCUGUAUGUGCUGAGACUCCGGCGGAUUCACAGGAGGGCGCAGCAGGAGCUGCAGUGGUUGGAAGAGGGCGAGUCAUUGACUGAGGGAGCAUGAUCAGCACAGCAAGAGGUGGCAGAUCUUUCAAGGUGGAGAAUGGAUGCCCCGUAAUCGGGUUGGGUUGUGGCUCACUGGGAGACAUUCCAACAUCAUCUUCAGCACGUUCAAGGUCAAAUCACGUGGACCGUGGUUUAUGUGAAAGGGAUGGAUGCUCAAGCCUCUGGGAUACAUCAGGUAUUUAUGUUCAUUCUACAGUCUGCAACUCCUUUUAGAUGACCGACUGGUUGUAAGACCUGUUCUUACCUUCUCUUCGGAUUUGGAACCAGUAGCAAAUGCAACGUGGACAUUUAUUUUUGUGCAGCACAUGCUGUUAAGGUGCUAAAUUAUAUAGCUGUCUUCUGAUGUUUUGUACAGAUUAAUUGGACACAAUUGUGCCCUUUCUGCAUUAUCAUCCAAUAUGCGAUGGGACAGUGAUGAACCACAAUUUGGAAAAUAUUAAUUUUUCUUUUUCUUUGGCAUUCCUACCACUACUCUAAACUCAAACAUACUCACUCAGUGCACCCUCAGUACUGCACUAAAAUGACACCUGAGGAUAUAUUCUUGAACCCACAAUCUUCCGACUCAACAGAGUCCUACCAGCUGAGCCAAACUUGCAUUCCAGAGUUCCCUCAGGUCAAGUGAAGCUGCGAUGCAAAAGCUACUUUGCGUGGCUAAUACUGAGGAAACCCACGGAAGGUUUCCACUGUUGGGAUUGGUGAACACCAAGCCAUUGAACUCUCCUGCUCGUGGUAGUUUGGGGGGACAAAGUGUGGAAGAUGAUCUCAAACUACUGACGCACAUCCUUGAAUCCACUAGAAUUGGUAACAACCAAAAAAAGGCAAUGUUUACAUGGAUUACUUAAAAUAUUUCUAAUUGAUCUUAAAUUCCAGCUAAGUAUUUCAUUUCAUGUGUCAACCUGUUAAUGUGGUCAGACUUCAGUGCUGUACCGAGUAUUUCCAUUCCAAACAGCACUUGCUGUAGUUAUAACGCUUGACCAACUAUGUGUUUUAACAUCCACUGCCCAAAGUUUCCAAAUGACUCUCCUACCUCUACUGAGUUUUGCACGUAUUUAAUAAUCGUCAAUUACCUGUCAAAUCACACCUGGACGUGUGUUUGGUAUUCUGUUCAAUGAUUUGUAUCUUCCAUCUCUUAUCAACUGCCCUCUUGGUCUUGAUUUGCAGCAGAAUCUAUGUAAUGAUGUAAAUUGUACAGCAUUUUAAAGGAAAUAAAGUUCCAGA